GAUAUUGAAUAUCGAAUGACCAUUGACUUGCUCGACAAUUUAAUUCCUGCCACUCUUGAUGGUGGUGCUUUUGGUGCCGCUCUUGGUGGUGGUGCUCUUGGUGCCACUCUUGGUAGUGGUGCUCUUGGUGGUGGUGCUUUUGGUGCUGCUUUUGGUGGUGGUGCUCUUGGUGCUGCUUUUGGUGCCACUUUUGGUGGUGGUGCUCUUGGUGCCGCUUUUGGUGCUGCUUUUGGUGGUGGUAUUCUUGAUGCCAUUCUUGGUGAUGGUGGUGCUACUUAUAGCGGUGGUGUCACUCUUGGUGGUAGUGCUCCCAGUAGUGGUACUCUCAGUG